AUGUCGCAGUACAAGCGAUGGCUACAGCUGGCCAUGCAACGGCCCAUGGGCUGCUGGGCACCCACCAUUUUGGGCACCCUGAUGGUCGCGGAUGGUGCCAGGAGUAUGGCGAUGCCAUUGCCGGUGGAGGACUUUAUUCGAAUUGCCCAAAGCGACGUUCGAAGUUGCAGAAGUCCCAUGGAGAGUUUCACGGAGUUGCUGCAGUGGCCUUGGCCCCUCUUUGAGACCUUGGAUUGGUUACAGACACCAGCUGAGGUGCAAGUCCGCAUCUUACCAUCAAGGCUUUAUCAGCACUGGUGGUGGUUCAAGCCGCUUCCUGAGACAACAGGAAAGUUGGUCGCUCCCCGGGGGCGUAGACCCGGAACCUACGGAUUCGUUGGAGACAACAUUCGUUCCACGCGUCGACCGCAUUGUAAUCUCAUCUUCCAGAACGCCUGGGACGUCCUGAAAGAGUUCCUUCCCGGGCCGAUCAAUGUCGUGGAUGUUGGGAGCAUGCUGGGUGACUGUUGCCUUUGGACCUUAAAACGGACGAGGCCUUUGGGUCUGUGUCGAGCCUUCGAGUCCAAUAUGUUGUGGGCGAGAUUGGCCACCACAUCUGCUGAGCUGAAUGGUUUCCGGAAGGAGAUGCAGAUCAGCGAAGUGCUUGUCCGCCCGGAAGGUCCUAAUUCCUUGGAUGCCUUGCUGAUGAGCGACCUGGGAGGUGCUAGCUGGGUUCUCAAGAUGCACGUGGAUGGGACUGAACUGGAACUGCUGCAAGGCGCUGUGGAACUUCUGAAAUCGGGACGAGUGCCCUUGGCAGUGGUUCGCAUGGACUGGCAGUUGCAGCUGAAUGAUGGGCGCUAUCGUCCACCCCCAAGUGACUGGAGGAAGUUUCUGAGGAGCAGUGGCCUUUCCAAGCUGUACGAGUUGCGUUUCUGCCACGAACAAGCGGUGCUCAUUGCGAAGAACACCCGGGCGACUAAUGCGUUGCUCCGGCGGAAUCUGAAUUUCACCCUGGAGCCGAAAAAGACUUCGUAA